GGACCAUCUCUCCUCGUGUCAUCUCAGCUGGAAUUUUCCUCUACACGCGCACACACACCUUCAAUCUCGGCUCGCAGUGUAUUGACACCACAUCUUCGUCACUUUAUGCGACUCUCACCGCGUGCUGAAGGAUGUGGCGAUAUCCUGGCAUGGUUGUGCGAUAAUGAAUCCUCAGUCGAGUGUUGAGUGGGAUCGCCGCAAAGAAACGUCCAUCGAUGGUGAUAUAAAUAAAUCGGCGGGACUGUUUCUUCUACAUGCACUAAACAGAUCCACAUGAAGCCGAACGACUUUCGCCGUCGACUCAGUCGUCUUCUCUUCCUGGCUGUCCUCCUCCUCAUCUCGCUCCCGACCACUCAAUCCGCCACCAUUAACCAGCGCAAGGGCAACGCCACCCUCGUGCUGCUCCAAGAUGAAACCAAUGCGACCGACGUCCGCCUUCAGUUCAGUGAGUUUCGCAACAUAUUCGACAUCGAGGGUCACGCUGUGAAUACGGUGGAUUUUUUGCCCGCCAAUGGUCUGAGCGCCCUCAUGAAGUAUUUGGAGAAUAACAAUUACUCCACGCUGGUUUUUGUGCUGAGCAACAACAACACGAGAGAUGCUGGAUAUUGCGAUAUGGCCAAGCAAUUCUCCCUGACAUACAACAAGGAUGUGCUCUUCUGGCCAUGUCCGAGAAUGAAGCUUACCGAGAACUUUCUGCCCUCUUACGAGAUAAUAUCGUUCGUGGUGAAGAGCAUUUCGCAGGAAUUGAAUUGGACAGAGGCUGUGAUCUUUGCUUCAGAAACGAACUGGGGUCUGCCGUUGGCAAUUUCAGCCAAUAUUAAGAUACCAUUUCGAGUGGAAAUCGGCACGACAAACCUCAAUGAAAGACAAAUAGCUGACAAAAGGGGAAAAGUUGUGAUAAUAACAUCAUCUCUGAAUUCCAUGGAGACGCAACAGGUUAUUCAGCACUUUGAGCACUACAGGCUAACAAAAUUACUCCUCAUUGAUAUGUUUGGCACAAUAUUCAACAGUAGAAGUCACUUCUACACUUACUUGGGCGGAAAAUUUACAAAAAUGGAUAACAUUUUUCUCGCAUGGUCUUCUGGAAUAGUGCCAGAAAAUGCCAAUCUCGGCGAGAACACAACCAGAAAUGGCAGUACAAAUGGCGAUGAUAGCACGAGGCCGUAUAAAAAUCUCCUCGUGCUCACGGUGCUCACGGAGAAACUGCGGCACCUGCUAAAUAAAACACUUCAUGUGGAAUUUGAAAAGUAUUCACAGUGGAUGGCGAGCAAGACUUACGAUGACGGCAAAUCCCAUGAUAUUUCCCGCAAUGCGACGGGUGUAAAGAGAGACAGGAGAAAUCUGGCAGAUAACACGAGAAGAUAUAGAGGAAAGCAUCCGGGAGUGUCUGGUGAGAACGUAGCGCCAAGUGAUGUGGAAGGACAAAGAGAUGCUCUAGUGUCUAAUAUCAGUGGUAUAGUAUUGAAUUUCCUACGCAGAGUGAUUGCAUUUAAUUGUGAUGUCCAGUCUCUUGCUGCUAAUGUCUCCGUUGGCACUCCAGACGACUGGGACAGGCUCGUGCGGGAGCAAUGUCCACGAGAAAUCGAUUGUCAUCCCGAGCAUUUCGACGGGGACACUGAUUUCUGUUACUUCUUCUGUUAUCACGCCUUCGGCGAUAGUACAAAAUCAAUGGGAAACUCUACAAGUGAUGCCGCUGGCGUGGGUGGGCGCCUAAGGGAAGUGUGCUUUAAGGUUAAAGACCACAAAGUGGACGCCGGAGGAGCAGCGAAGAGGCUGGCGGAGUACAUCAUCGAGGAGUCGCAGCGCAGUGGAGCGAGACGCUGGCGUCGGCAGGCCACGAGGGACUCCCACCCCCAGCAUCAGCUGGCGUAUAGUGAAUUUUUCAGUUUGUUCGACUUCAUAGUGACGAUCCUGUAUGGUGCUAAUGAGAGUGGUAUCAAAUUUGACUUUAUUGUGCUGGACCUCCAUCAGAAUGUGAAUGCGAGGAAUGAGUCAACUUUUGGCUGGCGUCCCUUUCUAAUACUCCAGCAGAAUCACAUCAAUCAUCAGGUAUUCACCACACAUCCACUCCUGAGGGGUUUCCGUGAUUGGGGAUUGGACACGUCUCAGUUCUGGACGUGCGGCACACUGUGCUGGGGUGUCAUCGGGCUGGCCAUCUUUCUCCUCCUGUGCAUUAUUGUCGCCAGCGUUACGGCCGGAAUAGCUGUUAGGAAUUAUUUACUGAAGAAACGUUUAUCAAAGGGACCAAACAAAAUUGUUCUGUCACCAUCGGAUUUUGUGUUUCCGGUCGACUCGAGGCGGGUUGACGAGGGAAUCGAGGCGAUGCUGUGCUGCUGGCUGCAGCAACUCCAGGAAUUCGGGGGCCCCGAGGUCGACAAGCCGGAUUUGCUGAAGGGCUCAAUUGGAUCCUUGAAGAACUUGGGCUUAGCCAGUGCUGCCAAAAAUAAUUCUGGCUCGGGGAGUUUAGCGCGCCACCACACAGUAAUCGACGUUAGAGCCAGAUACAAUGGUGACCUCGUGCAGCUGAAGGAAAUCCCUUUGAUGGCCGUGACAGAGCUGAAGACUAAAGCCAUGGACAUCCUGAUGACAGCCCACGGACUGCGACACGAGAACAUCAAUCCCCUCAUUGGGUGGCUGAGCGAUGCCAAUCGCACUGCGAUGGUGUUCGAGUACUGCUCUCGUGGCUCCUUGCAAGACGUCCUUAUUAUGGACGACAUUAAGCUGGAUUGGUCUUUCCGGCUCAGUUUGCUGACGGAUCUGGUUCGGGGAAUGCGCUAUUUACACACUUCCGCUCUGCGCGUUCACGGCGGUUUGUCAUCGAGGAACUGCGUGGUGGACGCCAGGUGGGUUCUCAAAAUCACCGAUUACGGUCUGCCGAGCUUCUACGAGGCCCAGGGCAUUGCGGUGCCAUCGAAAUCUCCCAAAGAACUCCUCUGGACCGCCCCAGAAGCUCUGCGCGGCACAAAAGGCUUCCCCAAGCACGGAACACAGCCGGCAGACGUCUACUCGUUCGGUAUAAUAAUGCAGGAGGUGGUGGUGCGGGGCGAGCCCUACUGUAUGCUCUCCCUAUCACCUGAAGAUAUAAUAGCAAAAAUAAAGCGUCCUCCGCCCCUAAUCCGCCCUUCGGUGUCGAAGGGCGCUGCACCACCCGAAGCCAUAAAUAUUAUGCGCCAGUGCUGGGCGGAAAUGCCAGAUAUGCGACCGGACUUUAACACUGUAUACGAGCGCUUCAAGCAGCUGAAUCAUGGACGUAAAGUGAACUUUGUUGACACGAUGUUUCAAAUGCUCGAGAAGUAUUCAAACAAUCUAGAGGAAUUGAUUCGAGAGCGCACAGAGCAGCUCGACAUUGAGCGUAAGAAGACUGAGCAACUAUUGAACCGGAUGCUUCCGAGCUCCGUGGCGGAAAAGCUGAAAAUGGGCUUGGCUGUUGAUCCUGAGGAAUUCUCGGACGUGACAAUAUACUUCAGUGACAUCGUUGGCUUCACCACAAUAGCAGCACACUGCAGUCCAGUGCAAGUCGUUGAUCUCCUUAAUGACCUCUACACAUGCUUCGAUGACACGAUAAAUGCAUACGACGUCUACAAGGUGGAGACGAUUGGAGAUGCGUAUAUGGUUGUGAGCGGACUGCCUGGCCGGAUUCCCGAUCAUGCGGAACAAAUAGCCACCAUGGCGCUGGAUUUGCUCCACCAGAGCGGCCUGUUUAAAGUGAAACAUUUGCCAAAUGUACCUCUUCAGCUGCGUAUUGGUCUCCACACGGGACCCUGUUGUGCUGGCGUUGUGGGGCUCACAAUGCCGAGAUACUGUCUAUUUGGGGACACGGUGAACACGGCAUCUCGAAUGGAGUCAACAGGAUCAUCCUGGCGCAUUCACCUGUCUCAGGUAACGCGCGAUCGCCUCGAGAAGGCGGGCGGUUACAUGCUGGAGCCCCGCGGUCCCAUCGAAAUCAAAGGCAAAGGCCUCAUGAACACGUACUGGCUGCUCGGCAAGAAGGGCUUCGACAAGCCGCUUCCCAGUCCGCCGCCCAUCGGUGAAGCUCACGGUUUUCCCAUUUUCAGUUUUGACGAAACUCUCGCCCGGAGCAUGAAUGAGAGCGUGGGUGUACUCACUGAGGUCGAAGACAAUCUGAUGACACCGAGAACGAGUGUUGACCACAUGGCCGUUGAAAUAGCAGACGUGAAAGUGGAGAUAACGCCCCCGGUGAUACCAGACCUGCCUGCGGCCACCAUGUCGGCGUCGACAUCUCUGGAAUCCUCAACAAGUGGCUUCAACCUAAACAUUAACAUUCCCGACUUCCCGCCAAAGCCCACAACCACAGUGAGUCCGAAUCAGCGCAAAAUGUCCGAGUUCGGCCAAGAUGGCCUUCUCAAUCCCUCCGCAUUUAAUCGCUUGAGCAACACUUCGGCCUCUUCGGCGCGUCUGUUCAAGAAAAUCGAGGAAAUGAUGGACCUGAGCUCACCCUACAAUCACUAUCGCUGUCUAAGUCCGAGCGAGAGCAAUUUGUUGCAGUGCGGCGCCGAUUUAAAGGCGAGCUUUGGGAAGUUCCAUGAGGCCAACAAGCCAGGCUCCAGCAGACUUCUUCGCCGGCAAUUUAGCCUGGACAAGGAGGACGUACAUGGCCAGGGCGGGAGUCGAGAGGGCGCGAAGCACAGUAUCGACAGCGGAGAUUGUCGUUCGGGCGGUCAAUUGACGAAGGCCGCGAUGCCGCGUAUCCACAAGCAGAACUCCAACAGUCUGGCUCAGGAUCUGGAGAAAAUCGAGGAAAUCCCCUUGUCGCCAGCCUCCUCGGCGGACAACAAGCGCCAGAGCUCGCGAAGAGACACCGCAGAGACGCACGCUGACCAGACGGAGGAGGAGAAGAUUGUUGGUGGAAAUGGUCGCUGUGAAAUUAAUCUCAAUGUAGAAACUCUGCUAUUCAGGUAGGAUACCGCCUAAUCGCUGUGGCAAGACAGUGAAGAGGGAUAUCGAUUAACAUCACUUGAGAAUUGUUUGUUUUCCACCUUCCGUGCCAGAAUUUCGCUCUCGUGAGGUUGUUUUGCAGAAGCCAAAAAAGCCCUCACACCAGAAAUUGUGGCACUUGAGUGGGAAGAAUCAUCUCUGAUUAUUGUGCUGUGUCCAAAAUGUUAUCCUUUAGAGAGAGAGACAUAUAUAUAUAUACAUAUAUAAAGUGAUUUCUUCCAUGAAGAGAGUUUGUGAAAAGUUCUGUUUACUAAUGACAUAUUUUAGCCCAGAAAAUGUUUACCAAAAUAUCGUUGUGUAUAUCUUUAAAGAAAAGCAAGACUCGUAAUUUCCACCGAAGCGAUAUAAUAAGUGAAAUCGUGUAUUUGAAACUCUCCAACACAUAAACGACCUGCUUUCGAUAUCCUAUAAAAGGUGUUGUAAACUCUGAAAAAUUAUAUGAUAACGCGUCUUCAUGUGUACAUAACUUAUGUAUUGCCAAAAUCUUUGUAGCCAGGUAGGAAAAUUUACUGAAGAAAAACUGCUAAAGAAAAUACAUAUGUAGAAUUGUGCAUGAAGAAGUAGGACAUUUUGAAAUUUACUACAAUUUAUUAAUGUACCAAAAAAAAUAUAUCGAAAGACAAUCGUGUUUGUUUGUCCGAGCAGAAACCAGUAGGAAUGACAGAGAAAAGAUUGGAGAUUAAGUAUAUAUUAUCAAGUUGGGUGAAUUGCCGAAAGAGUUGCUGCAUAAAUUAUAAAACAAAGUUUUAUACAUAACACACAUAUUUCACCCUAUAUUGGAUGUUGGAUUUUGCAAGCGUCGUUAAUGUUGAAAUUCCAUUAUCGAUCAAUAAUGAAGUCAUAUUGAUUCAUCCAUCGGUGUUUUUCAAAGUGAAAACAUUAGUGCUGAAAGCAUAAAAUCUAGGGGUUUAAUUCUGUAAUCUGACUAGAGUGGAAAAAAUGUAAAUUUAGUAAAGUGUUUCUUCCAUCACUAAUCGCAACUUUCGUAGCAGAUAACGACUCUUAAACUAUCACCAUCAAAGUAAGUAACAGACAUCGUGUAUUCUAUAGCGUUAUAUCAUGUAGAGUUUAGUUUUUAAAUGAUAGUGAGAAAGGUAUAUAUUUUAAAAUAACAUUUGGUAUUUAAAUUUUCUAUGGAUGUAAUUGAAUGUAAACGUCUUAUAAUAUGAAAUAUAUGUAUAUAUUUUAUAAUAAGAAAAUGCAUUACAGAACAAAUUUAUAUGGUAAUGUUGAUUUUAGGAAAUUAUAUUGAAAUCUUAUGAGUGAUUUGAUAGUGUGAAUUCCCAGAGUUUAUAUUGUACGAACAGUUAAAGGCAAAAAAGAUGUGUGUGUAGAAUUAGCAAAGCUCCUUUUUCACAGACUGUGCAUUUUUCGAAAGUCAAAACGUGGGUGUAACAAAGCCAAAGAUGUGAAAUUCUGCCAAAGAUGAAAUUCUAGACGCCGUUUCCAAUUGUAAUCAAAAAGAUUGUAGGAGUAUUUCUGUCAUAGAAAAUUUUUCGAUAUAUAAUUGUUUAGACAAUUUUCUCUGAUGAUAACUGAAUGUAUCCUUAGUGAAAUUUUAUUAUCAUUGACUAUAUAUUUACUUAUAUAAAAUUCGAAUUUAUCGGCCUAACUGUAGCCCAAAAUACCUUUCAGAAUGUGCCAUUUGUGAAAAAAAAAUCUCGUCUUAUUGAAACUUGAGUUAAUAAUUUUGUACUAUGUCAUCGUGAAAUUUAUAUAAUGCCUUUCAAAAAUUUGUCUAUGAAGGAUGAUGAGAAAUGCAAUGGAGAGAUCCAAACCACUGCAAUUUCCACAAUUACUAUACUAAAUUGGAAAUCACGUGUCUCCUACCAAAAUGAUUGUUGAUGAUAGAUAUUCAGCAAUAAAGAGAUUUAAUU